ACGACCCAAGGGCACGCCCCUGAAAGUGCGAGUCACGCCAGGAGCGGCGCCGGAGCAAACAGACAAGCAGAGAGCAUGCCGGGAUCGCUGACCCCGACUGCGCUCUUGGGAACAGCGGGCCAGUCAGUUGGACACCUCGCGGGGAGGCAGCCAUGUUGCUGCUCGUGCUGGCGCUGUGCUGCGGCUGGGCUGAGCUGGCUGAGCCGGAGUCUCCGCGGCGCACGAUGGCGGAGUUCGUGACGGUGGACAUCCCCCAGGGCAGACUGCGGGGACAGAAGGUGACCUCCAGGGCUUCUGGCGCCACCUACUACAGCUUUCAGGGCAUUCCUUACGCCAAGCCACCAGUGGGACCUCUCAGGUUCAAGCCUCCCGAAGACCCCGAGCCGUGGACCGGCACCAGAGACGCCCUGGAGGAGGGAGCGGUCUGUCUGCAGCCCAAGAUGCGCUCCAAUGAGACUGAAGGGAGCGAGGACUGCCUGUUCUUGAACGUGUACACUCCACAAAUGCCUGAGACCACUCCAAAGGCAGUCAUGGUGUGGAUUCAUGGGGGCAGAUUCAUGGUAGGCUCAGGAAACACUGAACCAUACGGACCAGACUUCCUGGUGGCUGAAGAUGUCAUCUUGGUGACCAUCAAUUACCGCAUGGCAGCUUUUGGUUUCCUGUACCUGGAAGGUGCUGACGUCACAGGAAACAAUGGACUCAGGGACCAGGUGAUGGCCUUGAAGUGGGUGAGAGACAACAUCGCCCAGUUCGGGGGAGACCCUGGCAAUGUGACUAUCUUCGGGCAGAGUGCAGGAGGGGCCUGUGUGCACUACCUCAUGCUGGCGCCACUAGCCGCAGGACUGUUCCACCGGGCCAUCGCGCAGAGCGGCACCGUGUCCAUCGGCAGUCGCCACAUCUCGGUGGAAGCGGCCAAUCAGAGGGCUCGUCGCGUCGCCGCCCUCCUGGGCUGCUCCUCCGAGGACUCGCAGGGCGUGGUAGACUUCCUGAGGGCGGUCCCCGCCGAGAGGUUCGUCAGCAACAAGGCGAGGGCCAGCGCAAGGGAGGAGCUGCAGCAAGCACUGAACGACGCCUUCGCCCCCAGCUACGAGGUCGGUCCAGACGCUCUGCUGCCGGACACUCCAGGGAGACUCCUUGAGAGAGGCCAGUUCACGAAAGUCCCGUUCAUGACGGGCGUAACUUCGUCGGAAGGGAAAGGCAUGGCGCUGAUGGGUCCUGUCUCCUCGAAGCUGUCGGGCCUGGAACAGGACCCCACAUCCAUGGUCCCGAACGACCUGAAGAGCGGCAUCCCGGCAGAUAAACUCAACCACGUAGCAAACCUCAUCAAAACAUUUUACUUCGGCGAGAAGCAAAUAGGCGAAGACACAAUACCUCAGUACAUUGACUUGCAGUCGGACCAGGUGAACGUGUUCCCGAUGCACCGGACGGUGCGACUCAACACGCGGUGGUCGCCAGAGCCCACCUACGUCUACUUGUUCGACUAUGUGGGCGCGCCGGGCUUCAGCAUGAUGCCUCUGGCAGGCGACAAGUACCCGGGCGUGGCGCACAUGGGCGAGCUGCCCUUCCUGUUCCAAGACGCCCGCAAGCCGUCCUUCCCGCCUGGCUCCUCCGACUCCGCCAUGCGCCGCGAGAUGGUGCAGCUGUGGACCACCUUCGCCAGGACCGGCUGUCCGACGAGCGACGCGCUGAACGUCACGUGGCUGCCGGCGACACAAGACAAGGAGCGCUACCUGAGGAUAGACGGGGGCUUCGCCAUGGAGAGCGACAUGUUCAAGAGCAGGAUGGACUUCUGGGACGACUUGUACGACCAGUUCCUGCCGCGGAGGGACUAGCGGGCGCUCCGCUGCCGACUGGGCGCUCGGCUUUAAACUACCGAGUGUCACUCGAAGAACCCAAAUAAUGAAAGCAAGGCAAUUUGUCUUGGUUCUUAAUGGUUAGAGACCUGUAAAAUUCGCGGAUUCAUUUCGCGAUAGGAUAGAGUCCAAAUACUUUUGACAUUAUUUUGCGUCAGUGAUUGGGCCACAGUUUAUCUGAAGUGACUCUGGGCCAAUGAAAAAUCUUUAACAGAAGAAUUAGCGAAUCACGAUCAUUCCAGUCAACAGGUGUUACGAGUCGGUAACCAAGCAGAUGUGAUUUGCACGAGUGGGUAGAGGAUCAUGGCGUCUAUCCUUUAGGGAUUUGAUAUCGCGAAUUUUACAGGUCUCUAUUAAUGGUAUACAUUAAAUAAAAGGGGGGUUGUCUGUAAAGUCGGUUUACGGACGAUAAUAAUUUUACGUGAUAACGUCAUAAGAAAACAUUGAUGAAUAAUUGCAUACUUGUUUUUAAUUUUCAAAUAUUAUUUACAGUUUUUUUGCAAAUUUAAUUUAAAUAAUAUGUUUAAAUAUAAUCACGAAAAAUUAGUUAAAAAAGCCCGCCUUAACCUGUUUUGAUAUUGUGGAAGAUUUCUCGCACGGUGGGUGGCCGGUUCUUAACACGCUCGGCUCAGGCGGAAUGUGAAAAUGUUUCGUGCGUGCAGCCGGCGUACAUCGAUUUAUAAGACGUUAUCACGUCAAAAAAAUUACUAUCAUUAAAUAAAACAAAAUUGGUCUUCAAAAUUCUUAAGUUUAUGAAAGAGUUUAUAUCUUAUGCUUCCUCAAGUGGUAUGUACUUCUCUGCACCUAUGUUUCUGUUCAAAAACUAGAAUAAACGUUUCUCCAAGUGAAUA